UUUACUGGAAGCCUUCUCCGGUGAAUCAAGCAAGUCUCUCAAUGCUGUGAGCGGUAUCUUUUCCCAAACGCGAGCCCCUUAAACUUUGCAGUACCAUUGAACCUCAUUCUCUCAUCCAGGGGAACUCGGCGUGGAUUGACAUCAACUGCAGUCUCCUUUUUUUUCUGCAGAGAACAGGUUUCACUGCCUGUUCGCUCUUCUUCCCUCUGUCUCUUCGGGUUUCUACUCUGUGGAUUGUUGCUUUGACUCCAGGCGAACAGGGGAGAAGAGAUUACAUGCUCAAGCAGAACUGUUGAUGAGUUAAGACUGAGCAGCACCUUGCCAUGGAAGAGUAUGUCCGGUCUGCGGGAAUGUAUGGGCUGAAAGAGGGACCAGCUGCCUGAUAAAGCCCUAUCUGUCCCAGAUAAGUGGAGCAUGCAUCAGAACUGCAGAGAUUCUCUCAACACUGCUGUGUUCUGAUCUGCAGAGGAGUUCCUGUUACAAGACUGCCUGCUUUCUACACACAGCUAUUGUCCAACAGAUUUUUUUCUGCCUCUUGACUUCGUCGUAUUUAUCGUGACUGUUUUCUCAGAAAGGUGAGAGGAUCAAGGAUGAACAUCUUUGAGAGCUGUUUGCCUGGACUUUAACCCCCAGUCAUCGCUCCCAAAUCAUGCAGAGACCAUCCACACAAGGCACUAUGGCAUGCUCUCUGUGGAAACUACCAACCUUCUGCUGGCUUAUUGCAAUGGCCCUAAUACAGUCUUCAGAGGGGUUUAGCCGGGCUGCCCUGCCGUUCGGCUUGGUGAGGAGAGAGCUGUCUUGCGAGGGUUAUCCGAUCGACCUACGCUGUCCAGGAAGUGAUGUCAUCAUGAUUGAAAGUGCCAACUACGGCCGAACUGACGACAAGAUCUGUGACGCUGACCCCUUCCAGAUGGAGAACAUCAACUGCUAUCUGCCAGACGCCUACAAGAUCAUGUCACAAAGGUGCAACAAUCGAACCCAGUGCAUAGUGAUCACAGGUUCUGAUGUCUUCCCAGAUCCCUGUCCAGGGACCUACAAAUAUCUGGAGGUCCAGUAUGAGUGUGUUCCCUACAUUUUUGUUUGCCCUGGGACUCUGAAAGCUGUCGGUGAUCCUUCCUUUCUCUUUGAAGCGGAGCAGCAAGCCGGGUCAUGGUGCAAAGACCCUCUACAAGCCGGUGACAAAAUCUACUUCAUGCCUUGGACUCCUUACCGGACAGACACACUCAUUGAGUACUCUUCCCUCGACGACUUCCAAAACGCCCGGCAAACCAUCACGUACAAGCUCCCCCACCGGGUGGACGGCACUGGAUUUGUGGUCUACGAUGGGGCCGUGUUUUUCAACAAGGAGAGGACCCGCAACAUUGUAAAGUUUGACAUACGGACCCGAAUCAAAAGCGGCGAGGCCAUCAUCAAUAACGCCAACUAUCAUGACACGUCACCCUACAAGUGGGGUGGGAAAACGGACAUCGACCUGGCCGUGGAUGAGAACGGCCUGUGGGUGAUCUACGCCACAGAGCAGAACAAUGGCAUGAUGGUCAUCAGCCAGUUGAACCCUUACACACUGCGCUUCGAGGCCACCUGGGAGACGACGUAUGACAAGCGAUCGGCCUCCAAUGCCUUCAUGAUCUGUGGAGUACUCUACGUAGUGAGGUCCACAUAUGAAGAUAACGAGAGUGAAGUCAGCAAAAGCUUAAUAGAUUAUGUUUACAAUACCAAACAGAACCGUGGAGAGUAUGUGGAUAUCCACUUUCCCAACCAGUACCAGUAUAUCGCAGCUGUGGAUUACAAUCCCAGAGAUAACCAGCUAUACGUGUGGAAUAAUUUUUACAUCCUGAGAUAUAAUCUGGAGUUCGGACCACCCGAUCCCGCUCAUGCUCCACCUCUCUCCGAAGCGACCUCGGCGCCGGCUGAGCCUCUCCGAACGACAACCACCACAACAACCACCACGGCAGCACGCAACAAAGGCGUAGCAAACACCAUGACCACAACAGGGCCAAAGGAGGGUAACAACAGAGGAGGGCCCAAACCCCCUCUGGAGAUUCCUCAGACCACCGCCCAGCCGCCUCUGGAGUCCUUCCCCCUACCGGAGCGCUUCUGUGAGACCACGGAAAAGAGGGACAUCGUGUGGCCUCAGACCCAGAGGGGCAUGUUAGUAGAGAGGCCUUGCCCCAAGGGGACCCGAGGCACCGCCUCUUAUUUAUGUGUACUUGCCACGGGGGCCUGGCACCCAAAGGGCCCUGAUCUCAGCAACUGCACUUCCCACUGGGUCAACCAAGUAGCGCAGAAGAUCCGUAGUGGCGAGAACGCAGCUAACCUGGCCAACGAGCUGGCCAAGCACACCAAAGGACCCAUCUUUGCCGGCGACGUGAGUUCGUCAGUCCGACUGAUGGAACAGCUGGUCGACAUCCUGGAUGCUCAGCUUCAGGAGCUGAGACCCAGCGAGAAAGACUCUGCGGGCCGCAGUUUUAACAAGCUUCAAAAGCGAGAAAGGACAUGCAGGGCAUACAUGAAGGCCAUUGUAGACACAGUCGACAACCUUCUGAGACCAGAGGCUCUGAAGUCCUGGCAUGAUAUGAACAGCACGGAACAGACACAUGCUGCUACUAUGUUACUGGAUACCCUCGAGGAAGGAGCGUUCGUCCUUGCCGACAACCUAAUGGAGCCGGCUAUUGUGAAAGUACCCGCUGAUAAUAUAGUCCUGGAUGUGUAUGUGCUCAGCACGGACGGCCAGGUUCAGGAUUUCAAAUUUCCACAGGCCAGCAAGGGUGGUGUUUCUAUCCAGCUGUCCUCCAAUACUGUCAAGCUCAACAGUCGGAAUGGUGUUGCCAAGCUGGUGUUUGUCAUGUACAAAAACCUUGGGCAGUUUCUCAGCACCGACAACGCCACGAUCAAAAUGUCCAACGAUGCUUAUGGGCGGAAUGUGUCGGUGGCCGUAAAUUCCGACAUCAUCGCCGCCUCCAUCAACAAAGAGUCCAGUCGUGUGUUCAUCACGGACCCGGUGAUUUUCACCCUAGAACACAUUGACAUGGACCACUACUUCAACUCCAAUUGCUCCUUUUGGAAUUAUUCGGAGAGGAGCAUGAUGGGAUACUGGUCCACCCAGGGCUGCAAGCUCCUGGGCUCCAAUAAGACCCACACCACCUGCUCCUGCAGUCACCUCACCAACUUUGCAGUUCUCAUGGCACAUCGGGAAAUCUCGGGCCAAGUUGGAGUGCACGAAUUACUCUUGACUGUCAUCACCCGGGUGGGCAUCGUUGUCUCGCUGGUGUGCUUAGCCAUCAGCAUUUUCACCUUCUGCUUCUUCCGGGGCCUGCAGAGCGAUCGCAACACCAUCCACAAGAACUUGUGCAUCAAUCUCUUCAUUGCCGAGUUAAUAUUCCUAAUCGGUAUUGAUAUGACCGAACCCAAGAUUGGCUGUUCCAUCGUCGCUGGGAUUUUGCAUUUCUUCUUCCUGGCCUCGUUUUCCUGGAUGUGUUUGGAGGGCGUUCAGUUGUACCUGAUGAUGGUGGAAGUUUUCGAGAGUGAACAUUCAAGGAAAAAGUACUACUAUGUAUCUGGAUACCUUCUCCCAGCCAUUGUGGUGGGUGUCUCUGCUGCUAUCGACUACAGGAGCUACGGGACAAAGAAAGCUUGCUGGCUAAGAGUGGACAAUCACUUCAUAUGGAGCUUUUUAGGACCUGUCACCUUCAUCAUCAUGCUCAAUCUCAUCUUCCUGGUCAUCACCAUGUACAAAAUGGGGAAGCACUCCACUACUCUGAAACCAGACUCCAGCAGAUUGGAGAACAUCAAAUCCUGGGUCCUGGGGGCGUUUGCACUGCUUUGCCUGAUGGGACUGACGUGGUCGUUCGGCUUGUUCUUUAUCAACGAGUCCUCUGUGGUGAUGGCCUACCUCUUCACAAUAUUCAACAGCUUCCAAGGAAUGUUCAUCUUCAUUUUCCACUGCCUUCUCCAGAAAAAAGUCCGUAAAGAGUACAUCAAAUGUUUCCGCCACACAUAUUGCUGUGGUGGCUUACCAACGGAGAGCUCACACAGCUCAACAAAGACCUCCACCACAAGGACAAGUGCACGCUACUCCUCGGGCACACAGAGCCGUAUCAGGAGAAUGUGGAAUGACACCGUAAGAAAGCAAUCUGAGUCCUCCUUUAUCUCAGGUGACAUCAACAGCACCUCCACCCUUAACCAAGGAAUGACGGGCAAUUAUCUUCUAACAAACCCUCUUCUUCGACCACAAGGCACUAACAACCCUUAUAACACCUUACUGGCUGAAACAGUCGUAUGUAACGCUCCCACGGCUCCACUGUUUAACUCUCCAGGACACUCACACACACUGAACCAUCCCAGGGACACCAGUGCAAUGGAUACUCUACCGCUAAAUGGUAACUUUAACAAUAGCUACUCGCUUCGCAACGGGGACUACGGCGACAGUGUGCAGGUGGUGGACUGCGGACUCAGCCUGGACGACGCAGCCUUUGAAAAAAUGCUAAUAUCGGAGCUGGUGCACAAUAACCUCCGGGCUUGCAACAAGAGCCACAACCACCGUGUGGAGCGGGGGGCUCCUCUUCCUCCGUCGUCCAAGAAGGUGCACGUUGUGGGCGGGAGCAGCAGCGAAGAUGACGUCAUCGUGGCUGACACCUCAUCUUUGGUGCACGGCCACACUAUCAACACACCGGUGCGCCUGGGCAUAGAGCUGCACCACCGGGAGCUGGAGGCUCCGCUCAUCCCCCAGCGGACUCACUCACUUCUGUACCAGCCGCAGAAGAGAGUGAAGACCACUGAGGGGGGCUUGGAGAGCUACGUCAGCCAGCUCACGACCAACGAGCACGGGGACAGCCUACAGUCCCCGAACAGAGACUCUUUGUACACUAGUAUGCCCACCCUAAGGGACUCUCCAUACCCCGAGAGCAGCCCCGAUGCGGAGGAGCUGGAGGACCUCUCGAGCCCCUCUAAGAGGAGCGAGAACGAGGACGUUUACUACAAGAGCAUGCCUAACUUAGGAGCAGGACACCAGCUCCAAGCGUACUACCAGAUAAGUAGAGGAAACAGUGACGGUUACAUCAUCCCUAUUACUAAAGAGGGCUGCAUCCCUGAAGGAGAUGUACGGGAAGGACAGAUGCAGUUAGUGACAAGCCUUUAAAAUAUAUUUAAAUCAUCGUCCCCUGUCCGCAGUCCCGACAUCCUCGAGGACAAACAGUACUGUACUCUGAGAGAUGCUGGGGAAGUUUUUUUCAGAGAGCCUUAGAGCCCCCAACAUACACACACACACACACACACUCAGUCGCUCCUCUCCCCCCAGACUCGCCACACCCCAUUCUCCUCACAAACCAACAGACUUAAGUGCACUGCGAUGGCAGUGCAACAUUACCCCGACCGCUGGAGUGGAGUUUUAAACAGACUGUAUAUAAAAUGCAGAGUUCAAUUUAAGACACAUGCCAUUUCUGUAUUUAAUUAUUCUGCUGCUGUUGAAUUUUAAAAAAGGAUAUAAAAAACAAUUUAAAAAAUGUUAUCGGCCACUCCAGUUCAGCAGUUUUUUCUGGCCAAAGGUUGUACAUACACUCCCACCAUCCUUGUCAAGCCUGUUUCGUAUUACAUACAAAAUGAGGCUCUCGGACCAGGAUAAGGACUUAUUUGUUUGAUGGUGUUCCUGAUCAGACUAUUAGUUAGGAAUAUAAGGUCCUGGAUCCUAGAGUUGUCCCCAUCACCGUGGAGGUUGGAUUAACCACUAGCAAUCAAGCCCCAGGCCUUAUAUUCUCUCAAUUGAGCUGUUGUCAAGGGAAAUGGCAAAAUUAAUAUAUAUUUUGCUAGUGUAAAAUAAAAUUCAUGGAAACCCGUAAAUAUAAAGAAAUCUUUUAAUUGAAAAUGUAACAUUUGAAGAGAAUAUUGUGUAAAAGUUGCACAUAUGUUAUAAAAUGUGUUUAUAGUUCUUACACAUCAUUCAUUAUCGUAUGUUUGAACAAAAAAAGCAGAUAAACAAAAUAAGUCUACAAAGAACAAGGUUAAUGCAUACAAAUUUUUUCCACUUGUGGUGUUUUUGCAUACUGAAUUCAUAUACAGUAUGUUGUCCAUUGAAAUGUAUAUGAUUUUAUAUUGCUAAAAGGUCAUUAUUUUAGUAAAGUGGGAAUACAACAGUGACCUAUGAAAGUCAUGCCAUACCAUUUUUGGGGGGGUGAAUUUGAUUUAAAUAAUCUAAUCGGAUAAACAAUCAUGACAUAGAAAUGGGCCACUCAAGACUAACAGCCACUCGAGAAUUUUUUUUACCAUACAUUUUUUUUCAUUAUACAUGUAUUUCUUCUGCCUGGGUAUGGACAUUUAUUUAUUGAAAUAUUUUCAAAAGAUUAUACAUUGGAAAAUGUAAUAUUUUCCAGCACUGGUAUACAUAGUCCUUCUUUUUAUGUAUACAUGCUAUUAAGGGGCCCAUCAAUAAAGACAAAUGUAAAGUUCAACACUUGUUUAACAAAUAAAUAAAUGUGAGAUUUUUUUGUAAAAUGACAGUUUUAUUCAUGUUUUGUGUUUUUGUACCAUUGGAGAAAUUAUAGGUUUGAUUAAUUUUGCUAUGGACAAAAUACACUUUUGACUCAAGUCACGAGUUCAUCCCAAGCACCUUGGAAGGUUAUCAGUGAUAUGUUUUCAGAGGGACUGCUUUGCUUUUGUUUUCUAUCAAAGACAUUGUCUAUUAGUCAAGCUCAUUUCACCUUUUGUGUUGAUAAGCCAAAUCUUUCCAUGUGAUUUAAAUUAUGAGAAACUCAGGUAGGAAAAUUACAUUGUAAAUGUUCCUCUGUGUGGUUGUAACACUCCAAUAAAAGUUUGAAAA